AACAGGUUUCCCCAAGAUCAUAUCCUCAUUGCAUACAUGUGCAACUAAGAAGCAUGGCUUGUGUCGCACGCACUCUUUCCAUUCCUUUCUUGCUUGCAUUAUUCUUCGUGGCUGAGGUAUCCGGGAGCAUGAACGUAGAAUCAUACAAACCGGCUGGUGCAGAAGGAUCUGUUCCUUUAAAAGAAUGCCCAGCGAAAUGCAAGAUCCGUUGCUCAGCUACGUCACACAAGAAACCAUGCAAUUUCUAUUGUAACUACUGCUGCAAGAGGUGCAUGUGUGUUCCGUCCGGCACGGUGGGCAACAAGGAAGAAUGCCCGUGCUACAACAACUUGAAGACCCAGGAUGGCAAGCCUAAGUGCCCGUGAUAUGCCUGCAAGUCGUGUGUGGCCUCCAAGUUUUACAGUCUUGUUGUAUCGAACAAAGUA